AUGCUGGCUGUAACCAAUGACGUUGAGGUAGUGAAGAGGUUUGGAGGUUGGAAGUCCGAUGCUAUCCAUGCCUACCUGUACACUGACCUUGCCGCUGCCCCUAGCCGCUCUAAAGACAUGUUGGCGUCCCGCCCUGUGCUCCAACCCCAGCAGUACUCACACCCAAGCGGGCGUGCCGCUUUGGGGACAAGAGCCGGAGGCCCAUCUAGCGAAGGUAGCGAUACCGAUAGCCAGGCUGGAGGCUCCGCUGAGGGUUUCGACGUCAACUGGGAAGCUAGCCAAGCGCAUCUUGAGCACCUUGAAAGGACCACUGGGCUUACUUUUAUUCAGAGGGUUAGGCUUCGCAGGCAACUUGAAGCUGGCGGGAUUGUUGAUCCCCCUCCCUUUUUGUGUCGUUUCGGAGCUGCCGAUAAAUCCUCAGAGACCUGGCUCACGCAUGUCUCCGGAGCUGCUUUCUUUGCUCCAGCAAGCGUUCCGCUCUCCCCGGCUGAGGCAGCUCCGCCAACCGGAAUGGGGAACCGCCAACUUCGCGAGUGGAUACAGGAAUGGGGCAGUGCGUGGGAUUUCCUCGGCCUCGCACCCGGCAGCGCCAUGAGCGAGGUCCUCCGCGCCUACAAGCGCACGGCGAUCCGCCUCCACCCGGACAAAAGCCCUGGGGAAUGCCAAGGAGAUCCUCCUCAACCCAAGCCUACGGAUUCUGCACGACAAUAUCCUGGGUGUUGGCGUGACUGGCGGGACAGCCCCUCCUCCCUCGAGUGCAGCACCGGAUGGAGGCUCAGGCGGCACCGCCCCCCACCAUGGUUGGUGGAAUCAGGCGCCUCCGCCAAAGGCCCCGCCGACAAGCUCGAGCGCCACCGCCACCUGGACGUGGAGCCGGCCCGAGCACCUCGGCACGCGGCACAGCGAAGGGCAAGAACAGAGGCCGAUGGGGGACCCGGCCCUUUCUACGACUCCAGCAGCGAGGAGUUCGACAGCGCGGGCCCGGACACCGAGUCUUCUGGCCCGGAGAUCGACAGAUACCCGCGCAUCCGCUGCGGGCGCAUCACCGACGAUGGAGGCAUGAACGCCGACCUAGCGAACACAAGGGACCGCCCUUCGGGUAUCGUCGGCAGCAGAAGGGCUCCUCAAAAGGCCCGUAUGGCGACCACCGCCCUGGAGAAUCCUCUGGAGGCAAAGGGCCUACUGGUGAUGGAGAACCUCCACGCGGACCUCAGACCAGUGGAUGUGGGGGAACAGGAGAAGCUCCUUCAGGGCAUGAACCUGGUUCUUCGUCAUCGGGCGCCUCCAAAGGAGAAAAUCCCGACCAAGGCGCCACCGCCCUCCACCUUCAACAACACAAUGCGGUGGAUUUGCGGAGGCUGUGGGGAACCGAAUGGCCUCCACCGGUAUGGGUGCAAUGGAUGUGGCCGCUCGCAGCAUGCCGUGGGCAACGUCCAGGAGAGAGCCACGCAUUGGAUUUGCCCUGACUGUCAAGAAGAAGUGUCGGUCAAAGCCAACCAAUGUGUGGGAUGCGGAUGUUGGCGUCCAAGGUAUGGGGUGGUGCUUAACCGUCGGGACACUGUUGAUGGGGGCCCAGGCCUUGCUGUGGCCCAAGAGGCUCACAGUCCCCCACCGGGCCUGGACAGAGACGAGCAGAUGGACGGAGAACCUCAGGCGCCACCGCCCUCUGCCGCCGCAACCACGCCUCAGCCACCACCACCUAUUCCGACACCGGAGCCCAAGUCGGUCUACUUCGCCAAAAAGGGCCUUGGAAAGGGUAAGGGCAUGGGCGCUCCGCCGGAGGAACCAUUGCCCCACACCCCGGCUGCCCCGAAGAGCUACGCCCCCGGGGACUUCGCUUCUGGAGGCCUACAGCCUGUCUGCGACCCUCCACAUGGACCUGCACCGAAGAAGGCCAGAGGCCCUACCAUGGAGAGUCGCCCCAUGGCGAUUGUGGCUCGAAAUGGGGAGGCUUUGUGGUUCACGGUGAGAGACCUGGACGAAACGACUCCUCGGCUGGUCCUACCUUGGACCAUCUUCCAGCACGUCGUUAUGUGUCGCAGGGCCCUUUGUGGGCUGCAGUCAUGGGGCCGUGUGGGAGUUAUCUUCAUCCGGCGCGUUGCUCAAGACAUUCUUCACUGGGCGCGCAGACGGGGCCACAUGACCCGGAUUCAGAUGGCCAACAGUGGCAACCCGUGCUUCAUGGACUUGCAGGAGGCACAUCCAGAACCUCAAGGUGAUCUACCGCCCCUCAGCCCAGCCACGGAAUGUGAUGGGGCUAUGCAGAUCCUGGGUGACGAGCCGGCAGUUCCGCCAGAUGAGGGCGCACCGCCUACAGGCGAAGGGAAGGGUGAUUCCGCCCCAAGCUCGACUUCGAGCGGCAAAGGCACAGGGAACACCUUCAAGAGGGCCACUCACUGGUACUGCAAAAGGAGCCGACCCAAGGAUGAGUGUGUGGUGUCCGACGAGGAGGAAGAAGAGGACGAUGUGGCCCUCAACGAAGAAGAGCUUGAGGAGGGCACUCCUGGAGAACCUCGCGAACAACUCAAGUGCGGUGAUGGGACCGCCCAACUGCGAGGCCAGAAAGGCAAAGGGGGUUCCAGCAAUGUCAAGGUGAGAGCCACCAAUGAAACCGCUCGGAACGACCCCAAGUACAUGGAAGACUUGGAUGCAGGGGUCUCCAUGGCGGUAGCCUUCCAACGUCAUCGCUCUCGACUACGUGCGGUGCAACAUCAAGUGGCCCAAGGCAAUGUGGCGCUACAGCCCCGAGCUACCCCCUCGCAAACUGUGAGGGCGUUACCGCCCAUGAUGAGCCUGGGCCGCUCUCACCGCCUGUAUCUCCUCAACAGGCUGGAAAGGUUGGAAAGGCAGGGGGUCACAUGGACCCAAGACGAGGUGGGGAAUUGCUACACCAUGGAGCAAUUCCUGGACUACUUGGAGGCAAGAGUCGAUGCGGAGGCGGAAAGAGCCGAACCUACAACGGCCUCCAAAUCCGCAGGCGCUCCGCCACCUUCAGGCGUACCGCCUCCCUCGGGCCCUACAGCGAGCACCUCGACGGGGACCUCUUCUGCACCAUCGGGUACAACCGCGGACGGGCGGCCAGAACCUCCCUCGCAUCGGCCCGAUCCUGCACAAGAUCAAGCAGCAGGGCGGCCAGUGGAUCCGGAUCAUGGGCACGAUCAGCCGGAAGCUCACCCCUCGGCCCCUUCUGCGACGUCUGAGGGAGGUGAGGCUGCAGGUGAUACCGCCCCAGCCGAGAACGAUUUGCCUGCUGACGAUUCAGCACGGCGUUCCGCUGUGGAUGGUUUCCACCUCUGA